CCGAUUCUCGCUCGCGGCCAAUCACGGAAGAGUACGCCGGUUUAAACGCCGCGAGUCGUCCGCGGCGACGUCAUCCCGCAUCAGCCGUAUGAUAGUCGCAUUUCCCGAUUGUCCGCUCGCCGUUUCGAGAUAUUGUGCGUGUGACACGUGCGCUGCGUGGAUGGGCUGCAAUCAUUGAUGCAUUCUUUUCGUAGUUAAUACAAUUUUUAACCAAGUUCCCGAAGAUGGGGGUGCUUAUAUUUUUUUACACGCUGCUGUGCUUAUGUUCCGUACAACUCAGAGCUGAUAAGAAGAUCAACAAAUAUGUAACAACAUUGAUAAAUGCCAAAUGGAACGAAACACCUCUGGUUCUCGAGGCGGCCGAAUAUUUCAAUGAUGAAAAUCCAACUUACUUUUGGAAGUUUGUUGAUGCAUUUUCUAAAAAGACUAAUGGCCUUGCAAUAGCUACAGAGAAGGAGAGUUACGACAUAAUUAUGGAGCUGGCUAAAAAUUAUCUGUCCGAGUCUGAGAUAGCAGUUUUUAAGCUAGGACUGUCACUGCGUAUUUAUUCCGCACGCGUUGAAAUGUUCUCUCAAAUGGCUGUGAAUAAAAACAUUUCUUCGUAUGCGUGCGACAGUGUUGUUGACAUUGGCGGGACAUUUACUUGUUCUCUAGAAGAUAUAGAUGAGUUACUUGAUUCGUCUCAGAUUACAGAACAGGAUACAUGGGAAACCACUGACACUUAUAAUAUAGAUCACCGUUACUUGAGUACUUCAGAAACUGACAAGACUAUAAUAUUGUAUGGUCAGAUUGGAACUCCCACGUUUAUCGAGUUUCAUGAGAAACUGAAAAAUAUAGCUGAAACAAAGGGGAUUAAUUAUAUCCUUCGUCAUUAUGUAAAGGAAAGGGCAAAUAAGAAACUAUGUUUGUCGGGCUAUGGCGUGGAACUACAGAUGAAGUCUACAGAGUAUAAAGCAACUGAUGAUUCGGACAUCAAAGACAACACAGGCAAGAGUUCGGAAGUGACGAACGACGGCGUCGAGGAAAUCGAGGGAAUCAACUUUAUGACUUUAAAGAAACUGUAUCCGGAACAACAUGUUGAACUGGACAAGGUACAGACGCACCUAUUGGAGACCAGUCACGAGAUCGGAGCCUUGAAAGUAUGGCAGUUUCAGGAGUUGAGUCACCAAGCAGCUGAGAGAAUAAUGAAGUCUCCCUCGACAGAGUCGUUGAACGUCUUGACUGAUAUAUCGCAGAAUUUCCCCAUGCAAGCGAAAUCACUUAUCAGAACCAAAGUGAAUAGCGACAUGAAGAAGGAAAUGAAAUUAAAUCAGGAAAUCUUCAUGGCAAGCUUGAACAUACAGCCGACCGAUACUGCCCUUUUCAUCAAUGGUUUAUUCUUCGAUUUGGAAGCCAUCGAUGUGCUGACUCUUUUGGAAUCUCUGAGAAGCGAGCUACGAGUAAUGGAGGCUCUUCAUAAGAUUGGCUUUAAUAACAAAAAGAUGAGCAAAUUGUUGGCUCUGGAUCUGUCUGGGGGCAUGGAUAGCCAGAAUUUUGCGAUGGACAUCAGGGAUUCCGCUAUCAAUUGGAUCAAUGAUAUCGAGAAUGACUCGCGCUACAGCAAGUGGCCGCCGUCGUUGACGGAGCUGUUACGGCCGACCUUCCCCGGCAUGCUUAGGAAUAUCAGGAGAAACUUGUACAACCUGGUGUUAAUCAUCGAUCCUCUGAGCGAAGACUCGAUGCCGCUGAUAGCUCUCGCGCAAUCUCUCUAUUCGCACUCGGCGCCGCUGCGGGUUGGAUUCGUCUUCGUGACAAUUUACACCACCACAGUGACAGGUCUGACGGACGCCGGAGUUGCGGUGAACAACGCGUAUCACUAUUUCGCGGACACUAAAAGCACGAAAGAGGCUGUGCACUUCUUGGCGGAGCUAGGAAACUAUAUCGGUCCCUAUGGCUUGGACGUGGAAGACGUCAAGAAGACCAUCAAGUCCAGAGACUCGUCAGCUAAUAUCAAUUACAUACUCGGCGAAGAGUCGGAGUACGACGUGGGACGGCAUCUGGCCGGCGAUUUCAUCAAACGAUGCGGCUUCAAGAAGUUUCCGCAGGCGUUGCUGAACGGCAUACCCUUGACGCCCAGCCAGUUGAACUCGGAGUCGUACGAGGAAGCCGUGCUGUCCACCAUCAUGUCGCAAACACCCGCCCUGCAGAAGGCCGUGUAUCGCGGCGACGUGACGGAAGGAGACGACGUGAUCGACUUUCUCAUGAACCAACCGAACGUUAUGCCACGGCUGAACGAGCGUAUCUUGAAGGUGGACAAGCACGCAUGGCUAAACUUAAUCGGCACGCUGCCGGAAGACGAGGAUUACACCAAAUGGAGCAAUCAAGAUCUGUCGACUUACCUGAUGAAGAAGAUGCAGUACUUCUUCGUACCACGUCGCACAAACACGCAUCACAUGUACUCCUUCUGGGUCGUGGCGGACUUAAAGUCGUUACUUGGCAGGCAACUGCUGCGAGAGGCAUUUAUAUACGUGGAAUCAAACACCGACGCGCGAAUUGGUGUUAUCAUUAACACAAAGGAUGACUCGGAUGACUCGGAUCUGAAAUCCGACAUUAACAGAAUCGUUCUCGCCGCAUUGGAUGCAUUGUCGCCGGAAAGGGCCAUACUCUAUAUACGUAAAGUUAUCAAAGAAGAGAAUGCGGCUCUCAUCGCUAACGGUAACUUCGAUCUUGAGAAUGACGCCGUCGCGGUAUUGUUGAAGAUUCAAAACUCGAUACUGCAACUGCAUCAGCAUUACGUGAAAAGUGUCUUGAACCUGGAGCCGGGAGCAAGAGCGAUUUUAUGCAACGGCCGUGUCAUCGGCCCCCUGGACAGUGACGAGGAAUUCACGAACGAGGAUUUCUCGUUGUUAGAGAGAUUCAGCCAGAGUACUUACGGAGCUAAGUUAUUUAUGAGACUGUUGAAGGACCAGUUCUUCAACGAUGAUGAAUACGAAGAGAACGACAUCACGGACGACAUGAUCAUGAAGAUCGCCUCGCUCUUAGUACCGCGGCCACAAACUCGAAACCGGUUCGAUGUUCCUUUCCAUGGGGAUGAUCAUAGCGUCAUCAAAAUUCCCGCGGCCAACCCCGACGAAGUUGCCUUCAAUUUCAUUGCCAUUGUAGACCCAGUUUCGCGUGGCGCCCAGAAAUUGGGCCCGAUAUUGAAGACGCUGCAGCAAGCCUUGAACUGCAAUAUAAAGGUGUUCUUGAACUGUCUAGAGAAAAACAGUGACAUGCCAUUGAAGAGUUUUUACCGAUUUGUAUUGGAACCUGAGCUGCAAUUUACAGCUGAGGGAGACAUCAGCGGUUCCUUCGCGAAGUUCACGAAACUUCCCACUUCGUCGUUAUUGACACAAUAUAUCCACGCUCCCGAGAACUGGCUGGUGGAAGUAGUCCGCAGCGUUUACGAUUUAGACAACAUCAAGCUGGACAACGUUGCGAUCGGCGUGCACAGCGAAUUCGAACUGGAAUACUUGCUCCUCGAGGGUCACUGUUUCGAGGCGGUGAUGGGAAACCCACCGAGGGGCCUCCAGUUCACGUUGGGCACCAAGAAACAGCCGGUGAUGGUCGACACUAUAGUAAUGGCCAACUUGGGCUACUUCCAGCUGAAAGCGAACCCCGGCGAAUGGGUGUUGCGACUGCGGCAAGGGAGAUCCGCGGAGAUCUACGACUUCACCACCGUCGACGGCCAGGACGCUAUUCAGAACGGCAACGACGUGAAGGUCCUGAUCAGUUCGUUGCGGAGCCACGUGCUGAAGAUCAAAGUGUCGAAGAAGCCGGACAAAGCGAGCAUGGACCUCUUGUCGGACAACGAGAAAGAUUCCGGACUGUGGAACUCGAUCUCCAGCAUUGCCAAAUUUUGGACCUUCGCCACAACCGACGAAAGCGAGGACCAAGAUGAGAAACUGAAUAUCUUCUCACUCGCGUCCGGCCACUUGUACGAGAGAUUCCUGAAGAUCAUGAUGCUGAGUGUUAUUAAGCACACUAAAACGCCGGUGAAGUUCUGGUUUUUGAAAAACUACCUCUCGCCAACGUUAAAAGACUUCUUGCCGCACAUGGCCGAGGAAUAUGGCUUCGAGUACGAACUCGUUCAAUACAAGUGGCCUCGUUGGCUUCACCAACAGACGGAGAAACAGAGAACCAUCUGGGGCUACAAGAUACUCUUCCUGGAUGUGCUGUUCCCGUUGAACGUGAAGAAGAUAAUAUUCGUCGACGCUGAUCAGGUUGUUCGAGCGGACCUGAAGGAACUGGCGACGAUGGAUCUCGGCGGCGCACCGUACGCGUACACACCAUUCUGCGACAGUAGAACCGAAAUGGACGGAUUUCGGUUUUGGAAACAGGGAUACUGGAGGAAUCAUCUACAGGGACGGGCGUACCACAUCAGCGCGUUAUACGUAGUGGAUCUCAAGCGAUUCCGCCGUAUCGCAGCGGGCGAUAGGCUGCGGGGGCAGUAUCAAGCAUUGAGUCAAGAUCCAAACAGCUUGUCGAAUCUUGAUCAGGAUCUCCCUAACAACAUGAUUCAUCAAGUGGCCAUCAAGACGCUACCGCAGGAGUGGCUGUGGUGCGAAACGUGGUGCGACGAUGCGUCCAAGAGAUAUGCGAAAACCAUAGACUUGUGCAAUAAUCCGAUGACCAAGGAAGCCAAGUUGCAAGCGGCCAUACGCAUCUUGCCGGAGUGGGUGGGCUACGACGAGGAGAUCAAAGCGUUGCAGCAGAAAGUGGAGAACGAGAACAGGCAGACGGAAAAGGACGGUGAAACCAUCGAGGACGCUGCGAAGCACGAGGAAUUGUAAAUUUCGUAAAUCACACUCUCACGUACAACGACCUGCGGCUCGCUCGAGCCGCGCGCGGUCACUAAAAGUUUUAUAAAGUUCUGUAAAAAGAGACUCUUCUGCGUUCGCGCGAGGAUAGGCUAAUGGAGCGUCGCGACGCUGCGCACGUCGUCAUCGUCGUCGGUACUUCGCUUUUCUAAUCGACGCCUGCCAGCACAUUGCGUGUAAAUAUUCGCCGCCAUCGGUGAUCGUGUAAAAUUCCCCCUCCCCUCCAAGAAUAAUGAUGCAUUUGGAAGCCGAAGAUUCUCGUUAUCUGUUCUCUUACUAGUUCUCCAUUUCGUAUACCCAUCAUAAGGCCGUGAAUUUGUAAGGGAUCUCACCUCUCUCGGUAAUUAGGUCAUUACGCAGCGAACACGAGAGACUCUACUUUGUUAAAUCGGGUCGAAGCGAGAACUCGAUGGAGCCCGACGCCGUCGACGGGAUCGCUGACAGAAGUUACAGUAUUCUGGUUAUUCAUGAACUACCGCCCCAUGUUCAUGUUAUUCAACCAAUUGUGAUUUAUUAUUGUCUACUAUAUAUAUAUACAUAUGCGAUAGUUCUAAGGAAUAAACUUGUAACAUUUUGUAAGAUAUCUUCGGCAUUCCCCUGUAGACCGUAGUACUCAUAACCGAGAGUAUAAUAGAGGGAGAGGAAAAUGUGUAGAGCUACUCGAGACCGACACGGCCGGCCUUUCGAUCGAUGAAUACGAUGUCACAGUACAAAUACACUGAUUCGUGCCCACACGGA